AGUCGGUGUUGCAGGGAUGCGGCGGCGGGAGCAGCCGCCCUGACUCGCGGAGCAUCCUCCUCCGAGCGGCACCGCGGCGGGCCGGGCGGGGACGCGGCGGGGAGCGAGAGGCUCGAGGCAGCCGACGCCGCCGGCCCCGGUUGUGUCACCCGCCAGAGACGGGGCGGCUCCGGGGUUCUGAUCCCCACCCUUCAGUUCCUGGAUCCCCCAGACCAGGCAUCCCUCCCGCCUCUCCCGUCGGAGCCCGCAGCGGGGGAGGGGCGCCUCCGCCGCGGCUCGGGGAAGCCGGCACCUGGGCCUCCGCGCGCGUCGCCUCCGGGCCAGGCCCAUGGCACCGUGAAGCGGCCAGGGAGCCCCGCUCGGCGCGGGGGGCGCCCGGCCCCCUCCCCGCCCCAUGCGCCCGCGGCUCUGAAGCCUGAGCGGGGCCGGGGGCCGGGCGGGGCCGGGGCUGCCGGAGGCAUGGCGCCCGGGAGCCCGCGGCCGCUGCUGCUGGCGCUGCUGGCGCUGGCGGCGGGCGCGGGCGGCCUGGAGUUCGGCGGCGGCCCCGGGCAGUGGGCGCGCUACGCGCGCUGGGCCGGCGCGGCGGGCAGCGGCGAGCUGAGCUUCAGCCUGCGCACCAACGCCACGCGCGCGCUGCUGCUCUACCUGGACGACGGCGGCGACUGCGACUUCCUGGAGCUGCUGGUGGCGGACGGGCGCCUGCGGCUGCGCUUCACGCUGUCGUGCGCCGAGCCGGCCACGCUGCAGCUGGACACGCCGGUGGCCGACGACCGCUGGCACAUGGUGCUGCUCACCCGCGACGCGCGCCGCACGGCGCUGGCGGUGGACGGCGAGGCCCGCGCCGCCGAGGUGCGCUCCAAGCGGCGCGAGAUGCAGGUGGCCAGCGACCUGUUCGUGGGCGGCAUCCCGCCGGACGUGCGCCUCUCGGCGCUCACGCUCAGCACGGUCAAGUACGAGCCGCCGUUCCGCGGCCUGCUGGCGAACCUGAAGCUGGGCGAGCGGCCCCCCGCGCUGCUGGGCAGCCAGGGCCUGCGCGGCGCCGCCGCCGACCCCCUGUGCGCGCCCGCGCGCAACCCCUGCGCCAACGGCGGCCUCUGCACGGAGCUGGCCCCCGGCGAGGUGGGCUGCGACUGCAGCCACACGGGCUUCGGCGGCAAGUUCUGCAGCGAAGAGGAGCACCCCAUGGAAGGUCCGGCUCACCUGACGUUAAACAGCGAAGUAGGGUCCUUACUGUUCUCCGAGGGGGGGGCCGGGAGAGGAGGAGCCGGUGAUGUGCACCAGCCGACAAAAGGCAAGGAGGAGUUCGUGGCGACCUUCAAGGGCAACGAGUUCUUCUGCUACGACCUGUCCCACAACCCGAUCCAGAGCAGCACCGACGAGAUCACGCUGGCCUUCCGCACGCUGCAGCGCAACGGGCUCAUGCUGCACACCGGCAAGUCGGCCGACUACGUCAACCUGUCCCUCAAGUCCGGCGCCGUCUGGCUGGUCAUCAACCUGGGCUCGGGCGCCUUCGAGGCCCUCGUGGAACCCGUCAACGGCAAGUUCAACGACAACGCCUGGCACGACGUGCGGGUCACCCGAAACCUGCGCCAGCACGCAGGGAUUGGACACGCUAUGGUAAACAAACUGCAUUAUCUGGUGACCAUCUCGGUGGACGGGAUCCUGACCACCACGGGCUACACGCAGGAGGACUACACCAUGCUGGGCUCCGACGACUUCUUCUACAUCGGGGGCAGCCCCAACACCGCCGACCUGCCGGGCUCGCCCGUCAGCAACAACUUCAUGGGCUGCCUCAAGGACGUGGUCUACAAGAAUAACGACUUCAAACUGGAGCUGUCCCGCCUGGCGAAGGAAGGGGACCCCAAGAUGAAGCUGCAGGGGGACCUGUCCUUCCGCUGUGAGGACGUGGCCGCCCUGGACCCCGUGACCUUUGAGAGCCCCGAGGCGUUCGUGGCGCUGCCCCGCUGGAGCGCCAAGCGCACCGGCUCCAUCUCCCUGGACUUCCGCACCACCGAGGCCAACGGGCUGCUGCUCUUCAGCCAGGGCCGGCGGGCCGGGGCCGGGGCGGGGGCCAGCAGCCUCGGCGCCGCCCCGCGGGCCGACUACUUCGCCAUGGAGCUGUUGGACGGCUACCUCUACCUCCUGCUGGACAUGGGCUCUGGAGGCAUCAAGCUGCGGGCGUCCAGCCGCAAGGUCAACGACGGCGAGUGGUGCCACGUGGACUUCCAGAGGGACGGGCGCAAAGGCUCCAUCUCGGUGAACAGCCGCAGCACCCCGUUCCUGGCCGCGGGGGAGAGUGAGAUCCUGGACCUGGAGAGCGAGCUGUACCUGGGCGGCCUCCCCGAGGGGGGGCGCGUGGACAUGCCGCUGCCCCCGGAGGUGUGGACGGCGGUGCUGCGGGCCGGCUACGUGGGCUGCGUGCGGGACCUCUUCAUCGACGGGCGGAGCCGCGACCUGCGGGGCCUGGCCGAGGCGCAGGGGGCGGCGGGCGUGGCCCCCUUCUGCUCCCGGGAGACGCUGAAGCAGUGCGCGUCCGCACCCUGCCGCAACGGGGGCGCCUGCCGCGAGGGCUGGAACCGCUUCGUCUGCGACUGCGUGGGCACCGGCUUCCUGGGCCGCGUCUGCGAGAGAGAGGCCACGGUGCUGAGCUACGACGGCUCCAUGUACAUGAAGAUCAUGCUGCCGAACGCCAUGCACACGGAGGCGGAGGACGUGUCUCUGCGCUUCAUGUCCCAGCGGGCCUACGGGCUCAUGAUGGCCACCACCUCCAGGGAGUCGGCCGACACCCUGCGCCUCGAGCUGGACGGGGGCCAGAUGAAGCUCACGGUCAACCUCGACUGCCUGCGCGUCGGCUGCGCACCCAGUAAAGGCCCCGAGACGCUGUUCGCGGGGCACAAGCUCAACGACAACGAGUGGCACACGGUGCGGGUGCUGCGGCGCGGCAGGAGCCUGCAGCUGUCCGUGGACAACGUGACCGUGGAGGGACAGAUGGCGGGGGCCCACACGCGGCUGGAGCUCUACAACAUCGAGACGGGCAUCAUGACGGAGCGGCGCUUCAUCUCGGUGGUGCCCUCCAACUUCAUCGGGCACCUGAGCGGGCUGGUGUUCAACGGGCAGCCCUACAUGGACCAGUGCAAGGACGGGGACAUCACCUACUGCGAGCUCAACGCCCGCUUCGGCCUGCGGGCCAUCGUGGCCGACCCCGUCACCUUCAAGAGCCGGAGCAGCUACCUGGCGCUCGCCACGCUGCAGGCCUACGCCUCCAUGCACCUCUUCUUCCAGUUCAAGACCACGGCCCCCGACGGGCUGCUGCUCUUCAACGCGGGCAACGGCAACGACUUCAUCGUCAUCGAGCUGGUCAAGGGGUACAUCCACUACGUGUUUGACCUGGGGAACGGCCCGUCGCUGAUGAAGGGGAACUCGGACAAGCCCGUCAACGACAACCAGUGGCACCACGUGGCGGUGUCCCGGGACCCCAGCAACGUGCACACGCUCAAGAUCGACUCCCGCACCGUCACGCAGCACUCCAGCGGCGCCCGGAACCUCGACCUCAAAGGGGAGCUGUACAUCGGCGGUCUGAGCAAGAACAUGUUCAGCAGCCUGCCCAAGCUGGUGGCCUCCCGGGACGGCUUCCAGGGCUGCCUGGCCUCGGUGGACCUCAACGGGCGCCUCCCGGACCUCAUCGCGGACGCCCUGCACCGCAUCGGGCAGGUGGAGAGGGGCUGUGACGGCCCCAGCACCACCUGCACCGAAGAGUCUUGUGCCAACCAGGGCGUCUGCCUGCAGCAGUGGGACGGCUUCACCUGUGACUGCACCAUGACGUCCUACGGAGGCCCCGUGUGCAAUGACCCCGGGACCACCUACAUCUUCGGGAAGGGGGGGGCGCUCAUCACCUACACGUGGCCCCCCAACGACCGGCCGAGCACGCGCAUGGACCGCCUGGCCGUGGGCUUCAGCACGCACCAGCGGAGCGCCGUGCUGGUGCGCGUGGACAGCGCCUCGGGCCUCGGCGACUACCUGCAGCUGCACAUCGACCAGGGCACCGUGGGGGUGAUCUUUAAUGUGGGCACCGACGACAUUACCAUCGACGAGCCCAAUGCCAUCGUGAGCGACGGCAAAUACCACGUGGUGCGGUUCACCAGGAGUGGUGGCAAUGCCACCCUGCAGGUGGACAGCUGGCCGGUCAACGAGCGGUACCCAGCAGGAAACUUUGAUAACGAGCGCCUGGCGAUUGCUAGACAGAGAAUCCCCUACCGGCUUGGUCGAGUAGUAGAUGAGUGGCUGCUCGACAAAGGCCGCCAGCUGACCAUCUUCAACAGCCAGGCUGCCAUCAAGAUCGGGGGCCGGGACCAGGGCCGCCCGUUCCAGGGCCAGGUGUCGGGCCUGUACUACAACGGGCUCAAGGUGCUGGCGCUGGCCGCCGAGAGCGACCCCAACGUGCGGACCGAGGGCCACCUGCGCCUGGUGGGGGAGGGGCCGUCCGUGCUGCUCAGCGCGGAGACCACGGCCACCACCCUGCUGGCCGACAUGGCCACCACCAUCAUGGAGACCACCACCACCAUGGCCACCACCACCACCCGCCGCGGCCGCUCGCCCACGCUGAGGGACAGCACCACCCAGAACACAGAUGACCUCCUGGUGGCCUCGGCUGAGUGUCCGAGCGAUGACGAGGACCUGGAGGAGUGUGAGCCCAGUACCGGAGGAGAGUUAAUAUUGCCCAUUAUCACGGAGGACUCCUUAGACCCCCCUCCCGUGGCCACCCGCUCCCCCUUCCUGCCCCCGCCCCCCACCUUCUACCCCUUCCUGCCGGGCGUGGGCGCCACGCAGGACACCCUGCCCCCGCCCGCCGCCCGCCGGCCGCCCGCGGGGGGCCCCUGCCAGGCCGAGCAGGAGGACAGCGACUGCGAGGAGCCCGGCGAGGCCUCGGGCUUCGCCUCCGGGGAGGUCUUUGACUCCAGCCUCCCCCCCACGGACGACGAGGACUUUUACACCACCUUCCCCCUGGCCACGGACCGCACCACCCUGCUGGCCCCCCGCAAGCCCGCCCCCCGGCCCAACCUCAGGACAGAUGGGGCCACGGGCGCCCCCGGGGUGCUGCUGGCGCCCUCCGCCCCGGCCCCCAACCUGCCCGCGGGCAAGAUGAACCACCGCGACCCGCUGCAGCCCCUGCAGGAGAACCCGCCCCCGGGGCCCGGGGCCGCCCCCUCCUCCGAGCCGCGGCGGCCCCCGCCCCCGCGCCCCGGCGUGACCGCGGCCCCCGGCUUCCCCCGUCUGCCCACAGCCGGCCCCACGGGCCCGGGGGAGCGCGGGCCGGGCGCCGUGGAGGUGAUCCGCGAGUCCAGCAGCACCACGGGCAUGGUGGUGGGCAUCGUGGCGGCCGCGGCGCUCUGCAUCCUCAUCCUGCUCUACGCCAUGUACAAGUACCGCAACCGCGACGAGGGCUCCUACCAGGUGGACCAGAGCCGCAACUACAUCAGCAACUCGGCGCAGAGCAACGGCGCCGUGGUGAAGGAGAAGGCGCCCACCGCGCCCAAGGCGCCCGGCAAGGCCAAGAGGAACAAGGACAAGGAGUACUACGUCUGAGCCGCGCCCGCCCGCCCGCGGGUCCGGCCUGUCCGUCCGGGCGUCCCGGGGAGGGUGCGCCGCCCGCCCGGGCUCUGCCACCCACACCCGGCUGCCUCGGACUUCUCUCGUGAAGAGGAAACGCAAAAAAAGAAAAGAAAAAGAAAGCAAAGGAAAACCCCGUGCUCGCCCCUUUCCUCCUGCCGACCGUCCGACCGUCUGUCCGACCGACCGUCCAACCGUCCGGCGGCGCCGUCAGUCCGGCGGCUGCCCCCAGCGCUGCCCCGGGCCGGGCGCCUGCUCCAGCCCCGGGCUGAUUUAUUUUUUUAAGGGGUAGUUUUAUUUUGUGGGGUUGGGCGGGAAGGAAGGCCGCGGGUUUUGUCCGGUUCAUUUCCGCCGACUUUUCUUUCUCCCCCUCCGUCCCUGCCGCCUUCCUUCCCCCCCAAGCCCCCCCCACCCCCCAGGCUUACGGUGUCUCUCGGGCCCCCCUCCUUCCCAUUGUGUGUGUGUGUCUGGUUUCU